AUGGGUUCCAACGCGGGAUUGACUUCGGACCAAGUCAGGCUUAUCAAAGCGACAGUUCCAGUUCUCACGGAGCAUGGCAACAAAAUCACGACAGUAUUCUACAAGAACAUGCUGACUGUCCACCCGGAGCUGAACAACGUUUUCAACAUCCCGAACCAAAUCAAUGGCCACCAGCCGCGUGCCCUCACUAGCGCCCUCUUCGCAUACGCCAUGAAUAUCGACAACUUGGGAGCCUUGGGGCCGGCCGUUGAGAUGAUCUGCAACAAACACGUCUCUCUAUACAUCAAGCCCGACGACUAUAAGAUUGUCGGCAAGUACCUUCUUGAGGCAAUGGGUGAGGUUCUUGGAGAGGCUCUCACGCCCGCGAUCAAGGAUGCCUGGGAGAUGGCAUAUUGGCAACUAGCAGAUAUUAUGAUCAGCCGCGAGAGCCAAAUAUACGAGCAGAAUGACGGCUGGACUGACUGGCGUGAGUUCAAAAUUGCCGACAAAGUCAAUGAAUCGGAUGAGAUCACCUCUUUCUAUCUCGCCCCGGUCGACGGCAAACCGCUACCAACUUUCCGCCCCGGCCAGUACAUUUCGGUGCAAAUCGAGGUACCGGAGCUCAAGUACCUCCAGCCCCGUCAGUACUCGCUCAGCGACAAGCCCUCUCAGGACUACUACCGCAUCAGCGUGAAGAAGGAGAAGGGGCUGGCCGCGACUGAUUCGGCCCCGGCUACUCACGCUGGCUAUGUUUCGAAUCUCCUGCAUGACCGGUUCAACAAGGGGGACACGCUCAACGUCUCUCACCCAUGUGGUGAUUUCUUCCUGUCUGCUACCGACGCCAACCCUGCCAGUCCUGUUGUUCUUAUCUCUGCUGGUCGCAAGCUGCAUUUUAUCCAUGGCGCACGCACAUCCGCCGCGCGGGCCUUCAAGGACCAUUUCUCUGCAUUGCAGACGGACCAUCCCAACCUCCAAACAACAUUCUUCACCAGCCACCCGGCGGAGGGCGAGAAAGAGGGCAACGAUUUCGACCACAUCGGACGAGUUGACUUGACCAAGUUGGACGCAAACACUGAGCUGUUUAUUGACAGCCCUGCGACCGAAUACUAUAUCUGCGGUCCUGAUAAAUUCAUGACGGACAUCCAGGCGGCUCUCAAGGAGAAGGGCGUGGGGGCCGACCGUAUCAAGAUGGAACGUUUCGGCACUGGUGGUGUGAACUAG